AUGCUGGUGAACUUCCAUCCUGCUACGGCACAACUACCAGCGACUUCGGCGUAUCAUUGUAGCAAGCUCGCAGUGAUAAGCUCGCAAGAAACACCAACCGGAUACUCACACACAGCCAUGAAGAUCCUGAUAACAGGCGCCGGCGGCUUCGUCGGCCAACUCCUCGCCUCCCACCUCCUCGCCGACACCAAAGCGAACCAUCAUCUCAUCCUAGCCGAUAUCUUCGAACCCCCUAUCCCACCCAAGACUUCGAACGCGAAGAACGUCACAUGUAUCAAGGCCGAUUUGUCAAAUGAUGCCGCCUCCGUCCUCUCCAAAGACCUCGACGCCAUCUACAUCUUCCACGGCAUCAUGAGCGCCGGCAGCGAAGAGAAUUUCGACCUGGGAUACAACGUCAAUCUCCACUCCACACUAAAACUGCUCGAAGCCAUCCGCAAAACAUGUCCGGGCGUGAGGGUUGUAUAUGCGAGUUCUUGUGCUAUUUACGGACAACCGCUGCCGCAGAUGCCGUCGGAGGAUACGGUGCCCACGCCUGAGGGGAGUUAUGGGGCGCAGAAGGUCAUGAUUGAGUACGCGAUUAAUGAUUACUCUCGUCGAGGCAUCCUGGGCCCGAGCUUUAUUUUCAGAUUCCCGACGAUUUCGGUGAGGCCGGGGAAGCCUACUGCUGCGGCUAGUAGUUGGAUGAGUGGGAUUAUUCGGGAACCUUUGCAGGGCAAGGAGAGUUCAUGUCCUUGUCCCGAUGAUUUCGAAAGCUGGCUCUGCUCCCCGAAAACCCUCGCGAAGAACUUGAUGAUUGCGCUCGAGUUGAAGGGGGAUUGUAUGCCGAGUCAUGUUCGGCAAGUCAAUCUUCCUGGUAUCUCGGCGACGGUUAAGGAAAUGUUGCAGGCGUUGAGGGAGGUGGGUGGGGAGGAGGCGGUGAAAUUAGUGAAGAGGGAGAGAGGGAGUGAGGAGGUUAUGGGGUUGUUGGAGAGUUGGGGGGUCAGGUAUGAUGUCUCCAAGGCAUUGAGGUUGGGGUUUCAACCGGAUCCGGGGUUUAAGGAGGCGGUGGAGGAUUUUGCGGCGAGUUUGAAGGAGUAG